CACCUAAACAAAUAUAGUAUAGAGAUGCAACCCCGUAUGGCUAGCUCAUAAGAAAUUUCUAUCAUAAACCGAGUUAAUGUUUCUAUUUAAAUAUAUUUCAAAGUGAAAAUUACAGAUUUACUAGGGAUUGGAUAUAAAAUUGUAUGUUGUUUAAAGCUGUACAAUAUAAAAAAUUAUGUAUUUAUGAUAAUUGAUAAUGGAAUCUUAGUUUAAUUGGUUUCGAUUUGGUUAUAGUUAGCAGCUCUUCAUUAGUUAGAAGUUAGGAGAAGAAUGAUAUUUUAUGUCAUGGCUACCAGAAUUAGAGGAUGCAACACAUAACUUCUAUUACAAGUUAUACUGCACAUUUUUUAAUUUUAUUGGAAAUCUUAUUAUGAUAAUUGAUAAGUCCGUUGAUGUCUUAAUAGAUGGGUUCAUCUAUCGAAAAAUAAACUUUGCAUAUUGAUUCAAAAUUCAAAUCAUGUGCAAGAGUUAUUCACUAGCACCAAAUGUUUAACAAUGUUAAACAAAUUGUGCAUUUAAAUUUGAUUAUUAGUUAACCAACUUUGUUUGAAAAAAUUAUGUGAGAGAAAAAGGAGAUCCAUACAUGUAGUUUGUUUAUACAAGUUUAUUUGGCACUUUUUUUUUUUGCUGAAAGUUUAUUUGGGACUUACCAUCAAAAUAAAUUUGAAUACUAAACACGGCAUAUAAACGAAAAUAACGUGACUUUAAAACACUGUUAGACAAAUUUAAAAACGUUAAUUGACAGGUAAUAACUGAAUAACAUUAUUACUUUCCCAAAUUUUUUUUUUUUUUUUUUUGAAACACUAUUACUUUCCCAAUUAGUCUCUCAUAUUAGUUAUUGAAGCUUUAAAUAGUAGGAAAAUCAAUUUAGGUUGAAUACACUAUUUUAAGAGAAAUUUUAUAAACAUUCACCUAAAACAGUUAAAUAAUAAAUAAAUGCAUUCAUAUUUCAGAAAAAAAUGAUAGAAAAUAAAUAUGUGUACAUAUUGGGAUACUUUUUAUAAAUGCUUUCCUUAAUCCUUAACUCUCUCGUGAGUCGCAACUAGCAACAAUUGACAGGUGAAAUUGUCGUAACGCCUUCUGCUAAAGCUGUCUUCUUCUUCCUUCUUUAUAUAUCUCUCUUUCGCACAAGCUUCUCUCUCUUCUCUUCUCUUCUCUUUGUGCUUGCUUUCCUCUGUUUGUUUCUCUCUCUGUUCUGUCUGUAUCUAUCCAAAUAUUUUUUCUAGAAGAAAAUCAUCAAAUGGAAUCAACUGAACUACAAAACAUAGAUUUCUUUAGCUCUUUUUCUGAGCACACAGCCCCAACUUUCUUCACUCCAACCACAAGCUCCCUCCGAUCCGACUCGGACCCGGAUUCACCAAAGCCACAAAACGAAGGUGAAGACGAGUACGUUGCAGAGUUGACUCGUCAGAUGACUAGCUAUAUGCUUCAGGACGAUGAAACGCAUCAGAAGUCUUGUGGUGGUGGCUCUGGCUCUGGCUCGCCGCAGUCGACUCUUUGGUCACCAUUCGCCUCAGGUUAUAGCAGCCCUGUCGGUCCUUCCCGAGAACCAUCACCGCCUUUAACGCCGGCCGUGCAAGCGACGGUGGAAAAGAGUCCUGUUAUAAUUCCUUUUCAAUCAAAACAAGCUCUCAUCGAUGAGCAGAUCCGAUCUGUUCAAGCUAACUUCCAGAAGAUCAAAAAGGAGAAAGACAAGGAACGAAAUGAUGAUGCAUUAAGACACAAAGAAAAAAGCUACCACAACCUACAGAGACCAAAGUCAGCCGUGAAGGCGGUGUUCGUUGACGGGUUGGGUUCGAGAGCCGGGUCGGGUGGAACUGGAGUGUUCUUGCCACGCAGUCAUGGUACUGUUAUGGAGUCUGGCAAGAAAUCAGUUUUAAAGAAGGUUACGUAUUAUAAUAGACAACAGAUAAAAAUAAAUAUGAAACGACGUCGUCGUCUAACUUUGAGAUUCCUACUUUGUUUUAUAGGGGUUGACAUAGUUAGGGGGGGGGGGGGAAUCUUGUGUCUAUACUAGAUUUAGUAAUUUCAUUAAAUUGUAACAAUAAACCACUGAAAACAUUAGAGUUAGUUUUAGCUUAAAUUUUAUCUUUAAAUUUAUAGUGCGUCAUUCUUUUUUUCUGUGGUCGACUAUCGAUUGCUUAGAUCUCAAUUAUUUAGGACCAAGAUAUAAUAAGAAUCUUUAUCUUACGUUGGUACAUUGUUUGACUGAGUAGAUUCCAGCUGCCAAAAAAAAAAGACUGAGUAGAUUCCAAAGAUUCCUUCUCACCAGUUAAACUCUUUUCUUGUAAAGUUGGUUUUUUUGUGGCCGAAUUAGCAGUUAUGCCCUUCAUAAAUAUCUUGCCUCUCUGCUUGUUGGUCCCCAUUGUUACUCUCUUUCCCUUUCAACAAAAUAAACCAUUUAGGUUGAAAAUCAUUAUCAUUCAUUUUGUUUUCUUGAAACCCCAGUUGUUUCAUUCGAUAGUGGAUUAUAAUCUACGAUAACCUAGAUAAUUAUUCGUCUUGUGAUUCUUUGUUAUGUCAUUAUUCGAUCAUUGAGUCAUUGACAAUACCCAAUGCUAUAACUGAAUAACAUAGUGUACUGUUUUCUUCUAAAUAUAGUACUAUAUUCGAGUUCGUACUUAAAUAGCUAGGCACUUAAAGUUGUAAGUCGCACACCAGCAGCAUGUAUUACACCAACCAUGAUUUUUUUAUUUCAUUUUCUUUUGGUUUUGAAAUUGAAUCGGUGGUCCUAGUGAUCUAGGAGUCGGUGGAUUUGUAAAUUAUUGCAUUUCAACUCUUAACCGUUACCCAAUCAAGGUGUCGGUGGACUUGUCAACAAAUAUCGUCUUCCUUUCUUAAUAAAUACUAUAAAAUUCCUUUCGGCAUCAUUUGAUUUAAUGUGGCUUAGAUAUUGGUGGUAGGUGGUGACACUUUAGAUGAUAUUGUGUUGUUGGUAUUAAGAUUUGUUGUCGUUCUAUGAAAUUAAUGUCUCAACCAAACAGUUUACUGAAAGUUUGACUUUUGUUCUUGAAAA